UAGUCUCAGUCGUUCGGGAUGGGGAAUAACAAAACUAAGCGCCAUGAUGGCACAUAUUUCGCAGGCCUCAGUUAAGACAACUAAGGUAGAGGUGGCCCGGGUCCUUCUAAAGCGCCUCGCUGAGGUUUUCCCAGAGUACACGGCGCCGCGACCGUUGGUCAGUCUAGUCUGAACAGAGCGGACCCGGGUUGCUUGACAUGUUCCUGCGCGCGACCCGUAGGGCUCGCUUAUCUUCGUUGCGGCUGGGCUUAGAGGCUUCACUAUUGAGCCUCUAAUGUUAUUGUAUGGGCCGCCUCCCCCGAGAUUUGACGCCCCACUUCCCAUUCUGUUUGCACCUUAGGCCAUAAUUUUCAAUUUUGUCUUUAAAUUGGGGGUUAUGAUGCGCCCAACCCUUAGAAGGGCUGUGAGAAUUCAGUGAAAGGAGGUUGGAGGUUUGACCAUAGUGAGCGCUUGGCUUUCCUUGCUUCAAGUCGACGUGGCUUCAGUUUGCAUCCCAUGGGUCUUAACUACAGGACCCGCACAUAAACUCAAGGCUCUGGGUCAGGAAAACGACAGCCAUGAGUUCGGACAAAGUUGGUUCCAAGCAUUUUUGUUGUCUUACUGUUUCUAUGAUGGGGUAGGCCCUUGGAGAUACUCUUCUUUUCCUGCUGACCUCUAGGAUCUACAUGGGAGGAGCUGGCGGGGAGCCCUGGACCCUCUGGUCCCAGCCAGAUUUCCUGGCCAAACGCGGGAGGAGAGAUGCCUUGGACUGUCCUGCUUUUUGCAGCUGGUUCCUUGGCCAUCCCAGCACCAGCCAUCUUCUUGGUGCCCCCCUACCCAAAGAGCCAAGAGGACCCCAUCCACAUCUCAUGCACAGCCCCCAAGGACUUCCUGGGGGUGAAUUUCACACUGUACCGAGAGGGACAGAUUGUCCAGCUCCUGCAGGCCCCAGCCAACCAGCUGGGGGUCAUAUUCAACCUGAGCAGCGGUGGCACGGCUUCUGGAGGGAAAUUCUGGUGCCAGUACAGUGUGGUGGGUGAGCACAGCCAGCCCCAGCUGUCGGACCUCAGCCAGCCGGUGCACGUCUCCUUCCCAGUGCCCACCUGGAUCCUGGCCCUCUCGCUGAGCCUGGCUGGAGCCCUCCUCCUCCUCACUGGUCUGGCUGCUUUUGCUGUGGUGGUCAGGAGAGUGAAAAUAAAAAAUUUACAGAGAAAACGAGAACAGGAAUCCUGUUGGGCCCAGAUUAACUUCACCACCUCAGACAUGUCCUUCGAUAACUCCCUGUUUGCCAUCUCCACGAAAAUGACUUCAGAAGAAGACCCAGCAGCCACCCUAGAUGCUUGCGCUGGCAAUUGUGGACCCCGAAAGAGGCCCACCUCCACAUCAUCCUCACCAGAGCCCCCAGAGUUCAGCACUUUCCGGGCCUGCCAGUGAGGCUGAGGAUUGGGGAACACUUCUAUUCAGCCCUGUCCCUCCACCUGCCUGGGACUUUCGGGGGCCUGAGUUUCCUUCAGCUACUUCAGGGGUGACAGGGGUUUAUGUUCCCUGGCUGCUGCCUUCUCAGGGAGUUGAACAGAGAUGAAGGGGUCCUCUGGCCUUGGGACCUUGCUCACAGAAGAGUGGGAGAGGGGGUGAAGGCAAUGGCAUGGAGGCUGAGCCCAAAGCAGGAAGCCCUUCUGUGGAUUCCUCCUUCUCAAGACCAUCAGGGAAGAUGUCUGGAUUACUUCUGGCCCCCCAGCUGGGCAUAAGAGGUCCACACUCGCCAUCCUGUGCCCCCCAGUUCUUCCAUUCUCAGUCACUCUGAUUCAGGUACCUGACUUCCCAACUGGGUUUUUGAGCUCAGGUUUAGGGGGGUGUUCUGUGUGUUCCCCUUUUGGCAUGCCUAAGUUAUUAAUUAUAACACAUGUUGAGGUGUUCCCAAGGUCUUUCUGGUGUGUAAUCCUUCAAACCUGGGACCUUCGGCAUCCAACUCUUGGACAGUUGAGGGUGGUAGCAUGCCCAAAUCCAUGAUGUUUAAGGUACCCCUGAACUGAGUCAGAAUGGUGUAGGAGACCUAUGAGGGGGUUUGUGAAGAGAGGGGACAACAACACAAGGUUGUCCCCUGCUAGGUUCCUUCAACUGUGGGGGAACAGGAGGUAGAAUGAUGUUGUGUAGGGGUAAAGGGGUAUUGGGGAAAAGGAGGUGUAAAUGAGGACCAGAAAAGGUGUCACAACUUAUGCAGUCAAGGGGGAGAAAUAAAGAAUGUCCACGCG